AGGAGCCCGAGCCCGUCCCCUCUCCGGCCAUCGAGGUGGACCUGCUGAACAUGGAGCCAGGCGUGCGGUACGAGGCGGUCGUUUCGUUCAGAAACAAGCUUGGCAAAGGGCCCGACUCGCCGCUCAGCGACCCUGUUUGCAUAGGGAGACCGACCCCGAAGUAUUUGAAGUGCACAUCAUGCGGAUGCGACUACGACCUGCAGCACGCUGGGUAUUCGAAGAGUGCGGAUCACUUUUGGUGCCCAGUGUGCCGCUUCAGGCAGAUGGACCCGUUCAAUGCGGUGGUAGAGCCCUAUGGGAUCCUCCUCUGCCACAUCGUCAUGCGAGGACAGAUUGCCUUUUCGCUCGACCUGCCAGACUUGAAGGCGUGGCGGAAGGACGACCAGGCCAUCUUCAUGAGAAUGGUGAAGAUAGAUAGCGACAAUUGCGCCCAGGUGUGGCCGAGGAAGCUCAGCUUUGAGGCCAACGGUUCCGAGGUCUUCUCCGUCAAGGAGCCCGAGGAGGGGCACGUGCGGCGGGACAUCCCCAAGGACAUAGCGGCGGGCUUGAGACCAGGUAUGAACACCAUCAACAUCACCAUGGAGGAUGAUCACCUCACAGGCUACGCGAUGUCCCUCGUCCGGACGGAGACGAAGACGGCGAGCCAGCUGGCCGACGAGACACCCCCGUGUGACGAAGAGGAGGCGCGCGAGCGGGUGAUGAGACUGCUUGGCGACUACUACUCCUCGGCAGCCGGCGGCGACGAGGAGGAUGAGAUCACCUGCGUGAUCUCCAACAAGCUCAAGCUUCGCUGCCCGCUGUCCUUUGAGAGGGUCGUGAUCCCCGUGCGCGGGGACAAGUGCGCGCACCUGCAGUGCUUUGGGCUGGGCGCGUAUCUGGAGAGCAACAUGAAGAUGCGGGCCGUCAACAAUAGGUGGACGUGCCCUGUCUGCACCAAUAGCCUCAAGCCAAGCGACCUCCGCGUCGACAGCUACGUGAAGAAGGUGCUGGAGGAGACGCCCCCUAGCGUGGACGAGGUCGAGAUCCUGCAGGACGGCUCCUACCGGUGCAUCGAGGAGGUGCCAGACGGCUUCCAACCAGCCCGCCCCGAUCCCGACGCUGAGGCAGCGGAGGCAGCCGCCGCGGCAGCGGAGAAGGACGACGCCAUCCAGGAGCUCCCGACCACGAUUGAGGACGGCGAGGGGGGCCUGAAGCGGAAGCCGCCCGCCCCCGCGGUGCUGUCCAGGAAGCAGCGGCGCCGCCAGAGAAUGAUGGAGGUCCAGGCUAACGAGAACGAUUCCGACUGAGCAGGGUGUUCUUCUGAGGCGAGCGGGGUGAUGUAUUGGGGACAAGGAGGAAGCUGGGGACCGCCGAGGCUGUGCGGAGGCCGGGCAGGCGCCCGCCGGGCAGGCUCGGAGCCGACGCCUUCCGCCCUCGCUGGGCCAGCCGCAUUUUCGACUCGCCGCUCGCCUCGGUCAUCCCCGCCCUCGCCCUCUUCCUCGUCCUCGUUGUCGUCGUCCUCCUUGUCCUCCUCUACCUUUUUCUCCUCGUCGCCGC